AUGUCGAACCCUUCGGAUAGCAUCCUGAAGCACCUGAAGGCGCGACGCCAAAAGCAAAGGGCUGUACUGGCCAUGAGAUGGCGAUGUGCCCAAGGAGGAUUCGAGUUCGAACAGUUGGACACCUUCUACAGAGCCAUUAGGCCGUAUCUUUGUGUGGCCCAGUUCUUUGGCAUUAUGCCCUUAUCCAAUUUCCUGAGUCGCGAUCCCCAGGAUGUCAAGUUUAAAGUAAGAAGCGUUAGUCUGGCAGUUACUUUCCUCUUUCUUUUACUCGGUAGCAUCAAGACUUUAAUAGGUGCAAAUAUCCUCUUUAAAGCAGGACUCAAUGCCAAGAAUAUGGUUGGAUUGGUUUUCCUUGUUGUGGGCAUCGUCAACUGGUUAAAUUUCGUUGGGUUUGCCCGUUCCUGGUCGCACAUAAUGCUACCUUGGAGUUCCUUGGAUAUCUUGAUGCUAUUCCCUCCCUAUAAACGUUGCAAACGUAGUCUUAGGUCAAAGGUAAACAUGAUAGUACUGAUCGUGGGAUUCCUGGCAGUAGGAGAUCACAUGAUGUAUUACGCCUCUGGAUAUUGCAGUUAUAGCAUGCACAUUUGGCAGUGCCACACAAAUCAGUCUCAGAUUACCUUUGGAUUUUACUUGGAAAAGGAGUUCUCUGACAUAACGUUCCUAAUGCCCCACAACCUAUUCUCUAUAUGCUAUGGAUUUUGGUUAAAUGGAGCAUUUACUUUUUUGUGGAAUUUCACGGACAUCUUUAUAGUAAUCACCAGUAUAGGAUUGGCUCAAAGGUUUCAACAAUUUGCCGACCGUGUUGUUGCAUUGGAGGGUCGCCAUGUUCCCGAUGCUCUGUGGUACGAAAUCCGUCGGGAUCACAUUCGCCUGUGUGAACUGACCAGUUUGGUCGAUGCCAGCAUGUCGAAUAUAGUCUUCGUGUCCUGUGCAAAUAAUGUAUAUGUGAUCUGCAAUCAGGCACUUGCUAUUUUCACCAAGCUACGGCAUCCCAUUAACUACGUGUACUUCUGGUAUUCUCUGCUCUUCCUGCUGGCCAGGACUAGUCUUGUUUUUAUGACCGCCUCCAGGAUACAUGACGCUUCGCUUCUGCCCCUAAGAUCCUUGUAUCUGGUCCCUAGUGGCCACUGGACUCAGGAAGUCCAGAGAUUCGCAAACCAGCUGACGAGCGAGUUUAUUGGAUUGUCUGGCUAUCGUCUGUUCUAUUUGACAAGAAAGAGUCUAUUUGGAAUGCUGGCCACCUUGGUCACCUAUGAACUUAUGCUACUCCAAUUGGACGCGAAGAGUCACAAGGAUCUACAAUGCGCUUAA